AUUUGCAAGAGAAACGAAAUGAAACUGCUACCUUCACUCCACUCCUCCUGAAUCAUGCAGUAGUGGUAAGAAGAAUCAUUUCAUCGAAUAUCCCAUUAACUCAGAGUGACGACACUCACGAGGUUUGGAGCAUACUCUAACAACCACAUCACAACUCUCACGUUCCCCGCAACCCUUGUGAGUUCUACUUUUCACUAACUUCCAUUUUCAUCACUUUUCCCCAGUUUAAAUACCAUCAUCACUCACAACUCAAUUCCCCAAUUUUCAGAUCUUUUUCCCUCCCUCUCAUGGAUUCGCUUCCGCCUCUCCCUCCUUGGAAUUCAGACGACGAUUUUCUCCUCAAAAACGCCAUUGAGACUGGAGCUUCGCUGGAAUCGCUGGCUAAAGGAGUUGUCUCCUUCUCACGGAGGUAUUCACUUAAGGAAUUGAGGGAACGGUGGCAUUCAGUUCUCUAUGAUUCCGAUGUUUCUGAUGAAGUUGCUGUUGCCAUGAACAAUUUGGAGCUCGCCAAGUCUAACGGUAACGGAACCAAGGAAGUAGUUGCUGCUCCGAAGAGAAAGACGACUCAGACUAUUCGCAAGGUAUACAACGCCAUGCGGAAGAGACUUCGCACUGAGGUUUUUUUUAAUUCUUUUGAUAUGGCUUUAUGUGAUGACAUGUGUGUUGAAAAGUACACCAAUGGAAAUGAAAUUGGUGCGUCUGGUAAUGUUAAUUGUAGUUUAGAUAAGGAUGUGAAUAAAAAUUCGCUUGUCAAUAGUCUAGUUAAGGAAUGGAAUCAGUUGGGGUUAGUGGGAGCUAGGGCGGGGUCAUCUCAGUCAAUGAGUGAAGAUCCAAUUCGGAAGAUGAUUGAGGAUGUACCUGCAACUAACACGCCGGUUCGUGUUAGUGUUGAAAAUGAAAAUGGAGGUUCUGAGUCAAAACAGACGAUUCCCCGUGUUUCUGAUGCUCUCUUGAAAUCUCAGAAUGGAGACAAGCUUAUGUUAAUGGAUAUAGGUGAGAAAGAUGAGACUGCAGCAGAUAAGCAGUCUGAUGCUAAUGUUGAUUCAAAUGUUUUGACUUCUCCUUGUGACAUUCAAGGUGAUGGUAUGUCGGGUGUUGGUGAGUCUAAGAAGUUGGUUGCAGAAACACAAGUUGCUAUGGCAAAUGGUCCGUCUGCUGUGUUAGAGGUUGUCGUCAACUCGUCAGGCAGCAGUCAUGGUGAUGUGGGUUUUGCUUCUGAUUGUGAAAAUGAAGUCCAAUCGUCUAGUGCACUGCAAAAAUGUGACCCUAAGCCUGCAAAUGAAUUUAGGUUAUGUUCAUUCAACACCGAGGACCCUAAUAUACCGUCCCCGUCCGACGACAGCAACCAUGCAAAAGUAUCUGAUGUAAUUCCUAAUUCUGAAAACAUAUCUGCUGUAGUGGUUCCUAGUUCUAUUAACCUAACCGCUCUAGUAGCUCCUAAUUCUGUAAACAUAUCCACUGUAUUAGUUCCUAAUUCUCCAAUUCCGAAACCCAUAUCGAUUGUUAAAGAGGUGGGGUAUCCGGAUUCCUCUAUUACUAAUCUAACAAAAAAGGAACCAGAUGAAGGCUUGAAGAGAAAAGACACCCCUUCAAGCUCUUUUGCUGCUUCUCAGUCAUUUCGACCAGGAUUAGUGCCUAAUAUAAAUUCAAGCAAGGGAAAUUCAGUUGCUGCUGUACCAAAAAUUGAAAAUCCUGCUACUAUGAAGCAUGCCUCAUCUGGACAUCCGGCACCAGAGGUAGUUAUUGCUCUGCCUUCACCUGUUAGCACUCAUCCAAAGGAAGAGGAGCAUAAGACUUCUUCUAAGAUAGAAGAAAAAUUGUUAUGCAUUGAUCAACAAAAAGGCGAUGCUUAUUAUGAUCAUGAUAGUGAUGAGGAGCAUGAAGUUCCUUACUAUUCUGAUGCUGAGGGAAUGAUUCUUGAAAUGGAUUUAGGUCCAACUGAUCAAGAUACAAAUGCUAGCGCCGAAGUGGUAAGAUAUCAGAGUGAUGAAACUAAGAAGACUAUCAUGAGAUUGGAGCAAUGUGCCCAGUCUUUUGUGCAUAGAGCCAUUGCAUCUCGAGGUGCACUUGCAGUGUUUUAUGGACGCACUCUGAAGACAUACAUUGAAAAAUCCGAGGUGAUAAUUGGCAGAUCAACACCUGACGAAGAUGUUGAUAUUGACUUGGCUAGAGCAACGACAGAUGCUCACAAGAUAUCUAGAAGACAAGCUUCAAUAAAGAUGGACGCAAGUGGUUCUUUCAUGAUCAAAAACCUUGGCAAGAGGACUUUAUACUUAAAUGGCAAAGAAGUUCCUAAAGGACAGAUGCGGGGUCUGAGUGCUGGUAGUUUGAUCGAGAUUUGGGGCUUGGCAUUCAUCUUUGACGUCAAUAAGAAGUGCGUCGAAAGGUUCAUAGGAAAUGCGAGUGAACAUAAUGAGAUAGAAGAAUGAAUUUUACAGUGUCGGCCGGGUCGGCUGGGGUCCAUUCGAAGACAAAUGACAUCGAAGGGUUGUAGGAUAGCUUUAUUAAGCCAGCCAAAAAUAUAAGUUAUAGUAGGUACUAUUACAACAUAUUAAUGUAUUGUGGAUCUAAAGUUAGAUCUGUAGAUAUAGAUAGAAAGAUAAAGAAAAACUAUACAUAUAUGUAUAAAUGGCUGCUGCUCAAUGGGGGGAAACUUGGGACUUGUUUUGAUGUCAUUGUUUUCAAUGUUUUUUAUUGUUGUUUUAAACAUGUAUGUUUAGGGAUCAUACAUUCCAAACAAUCAUCAAUAAAUUAUUCAAUGAAUAAAGUUAUGGUUUCCAACAUUUCUAACAA